AAGCGGCCAGGCAAACACUGCUAGGUCACUGAGCUGGGCCGACGCAUCGUGUGCACUUGAACAUUCUGUUUGUCUACUGACGUGGGAGCUGCUUCGUCGGCCAGGAGCAACGGCCGCAGAAGCAACAGCAGCAGCAGCAGCAGCGCACGAUGACUUCAUCAACGGAGGUGUUCUGCACGAACGACUUGUGCAAUGCGGGCUGGCCGGAGGUUCUCACGCAUAUGUCGCCCUGGGGCUGGGCCAACCUUGGUAUUGGGUUUGCCCUGGGUCUAUCCGUGCUGGGAGCGGGGUGGGGCAUCUUCCUCACGGGGUCUAGCAUCAUGGGCGCAGCCGUGAAGGCACCUCGUAUUAGGUCGAAGAACUUGGUUAGCGUGAUUUUCUGCGAGGCGACCGCGAUUUACGGAGUGAUCAUGGCGAUCAUCCUCACCAACAAAAUUCAGGACCCACCUGAGGACAUCGAAUCGUACGAGUGGACGACCGCCUUCUUCGCCGGCUACGCGCUCUUCUGCGGGGGGCUCGGGGUGGGAUUGACGAACCUGGCGAGCGGGAUCUCGGUGGGCGUGGCCGGCAGCGCCUGCGCGUUGGGGGACGCCCAGGACGCGUCCUUGUUUGUGAAGAUCCUCAUCGUAGAGAUCUUCGCGUCGGCGCUAGGCAUCUUCGGGAUCAUCGUGGGUAUCAUCCAGUCCAACGUCGCCGACUUUCCGCAGGUUUAGGAGAACGCAAGGACUGUCGGCAGGGGCAGAUUGGGUUAUUCGAUGGCCUUGUCCGGUCAUGUCGUUGGAGGGAGGCUUCCUUGGUACGCUACACCCGGGGAGCGUUGGUUGGUGCGUCGGCGCACGUGCGACGUGAGGGAGCAGCUUGAUCUUGUGGUUCCUCUCGGUGACUGCUGGCGCGAGCGGGUGCUCUCGUAGUAGUUUGGAAAUCGCUCAGUUUCGUGCCAUCGUUGCUGUUUUUUUUCGCUGUUUUGUUUUGUUUUUCGGCGGGCAUUUCCCGCGUGGUCGCGGGCCUCCGCGCGGUGCUAACACGUUUAGCUGAUACAGCAGUACGGGGCAGACAGACGGAUGUGCCUUGUAGGUGAAAGGGCGCAGGCGUGUGAGGUGCUGGGCCCGAGACAUUUCACCAUCGUGUCGCGAAAGAGGAUUGGGCACCACAAGGCUUGGAGUUCAGCGUCUUGAGUCCAGCGGUCGGCCAUGGCUUCUUGGCACGUGGGAUUUCUGCGGCUUCCUGGUGUGUUUUUCUGCAGGCGGUCUCUGGCUUGCGCUUAUCGGCGGUUUUAGUGCCUAAAGCACAGCCAUGUGGUGUGGUGCCUUUGUUGGCCCGCUGUCUGUCGUAGGUGUUGUUGAUGAUGGCGUGUGAGGCAUGAAUGACGGUUUCGUGUGUACUUCUAGUGCGCUUGGCAAGCAGAAUUUCCGCGCUUUCCAGUCCCAAUUUUCCAGUCGCAAUCUUUCGUAGUUUGGAUGGCCUCUUGUGUACACUUGGUGAUUUAAUGAAGCAGCCCAUCCAGCA